UAAAUUGCACACAGCUUAUAUGAAAUUAAAGAAAUCACAUGUUUAAUAGAAGCGAAGCCAAGCGGCGUAUGUUAGAAAAAAAAAGCGGAUUGUUAAGAAAAAAAUUAAACGAAAUUAAUAUUUGACACCAAAUUCAAUAUACUUUUUAAAUCAUUUAUUUGUGAAUAAUUUGCAAAAUUCUACUAAAAAAUUUGUGCGGUACGAAAAAUUGCCCGAAAAAAGAGAAAAAACAUUUUUAGACAAAUUCUUAUUAAAGUGAAAUUAGUAUGACGGGCAAUGAAAUGCGUAGCAAUAGCACGAAUACUGAUGAAGAGAAGGGUUCCAUUGAUUUAGACAAUUAUCGUAAACUAGUCAAGCAGUUUUGCGAUUUAAGACGGUAUCAGACAGCUUUGUUCUGGGCCGAGAAAGUUGCUUGCUUGAGUGAAAAUGAUCCCAAAGAUGUUUAUUCCAAAGCCCAUUGCAUGUUUCUGUUGAAAGAAUAUCAUCGUGCCGCUUAUACAUUGCGUAUGCAUAAAUUGGAGAAAACUCACAUACCUAGUUACAAUCUUUUGUUGGAAAGUUUAUAUGAAGCCAAGGAAUAUAAUGAAGCCAUAGCAGUUAUCAACUCGGUGGAUGUAGAGUUUUUAGCUUCGUCGUUAAUAAAUCAACCGUUGGAAUCGUUGGAUGGCGGUGGUGUUGAAAGUCAGAUAAUGUUUGGAGGUGAAGUGUGCGGUAAAAACGAAAUCCUUGCAUCUAUUAGUUUAUUAAAGGGCAAAAUAUACGAAGCUAUGGAUAAUCGUGGCUUAGCAAUGGAUUGUUAUGUCCAGGCUUUGUAUAAAUCGGUUUACUGCUAUGAGGCUCUCGAAGCCUUAGUUCAACAUGAAAUGCUUAUGGCUUGGGAAAGAAAGGAACUUAUGCAGCAAUUGCCUUUAGAACAGCAAUCAUCCUAUGUCGAUGCUAAAUUAAUUACUAAACUGUAUGAAACCAAAUUGAAAAAGUAUUAUGAAACCAUAGGGCCGGCAAGCAAUAGUGAGCAAACACCAAUAGGAAAUUUGGGCAACUUGAAAACUAUUAAAGAGUUGAAUGAAAAAAUUGAAAACACACGAGCAUCUGAAGCCAAUAUACACAAAAAUGUGAUGCCUAAAUUUAUAACACCCUCAUCAUCUCAUAUUAUGUCACCGGCUCAUAAAGUCCUUGAAGAUUUCAAGGUUCCCAGCUUUUCUUUGCACGUUAGCUUAACGCGUGCCUCGUCCCAUUCGAACGAAUUGCAGCGUUCGCAUUUCGAGACAUCAGGACGUAAUCGGGAUAAAGAUGCAUGCGACUCCAAUACUUGCUUACCUAUAUCGGUUUGCUUGACUCGCGUGCACAAAAGUACUGAUGUCAUGGCUGCUCAGGCCGAGAAACUCUUUUAUGAUUGCGAAUAUAAGAAAGGUUUUAAAAUAUUAAAUGAUUUAUUGAAAGUUGAUCCCUAUCAUAACGCUGCUUUGACCGUUCAAAUAGGCUGUUUAGUCGAGUUUGGAGAUUAUAAUAAAUUAUUUUAUGUGGCCCAUAAGCUGGUGGACCGUUACCCGGAAAAAGCUAUUUCUUGGUACGCAGUAGGAUGUUACUAUGAUCUGAUUGGUAAAAGCGACCCUGCUCGUCGCUAUUUAUCGAAAGCCACGGCUUUAGAUCGUUUGUACGGCCCUGCUUGGUUGGCUUACGGCCACUCUUUUGCUAAAGAAAAUGAACAUGACCAAGCUAUGGCUGCGUAUUUCAAGGCUGCACAACUGAUGCGUGGCUGUCAUUUACCUUUGCUGUAUAUUGGUGUAGAAUGCGGCUUAACUAAAAACUUGGAAUUAGCAGAAAAAUUCUUUUAUCAAGCCAUGUCUAUAGCUCCCAUAGAUGUUUUUGUCUUACAUGAGCUGGGUGUCAUUAAAUAUGAAUAUGAAUAUUACGAAAGUGCUGAAGAAGUUUUCCGCACAACCGUUGAUAUCGUUACUAAUCGUGCAAAACAAAAUCAAGAAGAAAUAUCAGCCAGAUGGGAACCAUUAUUUAAUAAUUUAGGACAUUGCUGCCGCAAAAACAAGAAGUACAAAGAAGCCUUAAAAUAUCAUCAAUUCGCUUUACUUUUGAAACCUCAAAGCUCGCAAACAUUUACUGCUAUUGGUUUUGUCCACGCGUUGAUGGGUAAUUUAGAAGAGGCUAUUUCUUUUUUUCAUAAAAGUUUAGCUUUGAAUCGUGAUUGCAUUGUCACCUCUACGAUACUAAAGACAUGCAUUGAAGAUUUCAUGGAUGAAGAAUCAAUAAUUGAUGAAAUUUAUGGAAAAUCAAAUCUAACUUCAUCUUCUACGUGGGGGAAUAAUGCACCUUUUAAGGUUCCUAAAAUUGCUACCAUUGAAGAGGAGACAUCGCCUUCACCGGUGAAAUUUUCGAACAUGAAAUUGAAAUUUGACGAUGAAGACGACAUAUCCAAAAAUACUACCAAUAUUGAUACAAAUAGUGUUAUGGAUAUUAGUAUGGAUGUUUAGAGAGGGGGCAAAAAAAUGUACUAAUACUUCUUUCGAUUAAAUAUAUGGAAUGCUUUAAUUCUUUUAAGUGUAUGGCGGUAAAAAAAAAAAACAAAAUAUAG